AUGGCAAUUCUGUUAAAAGCAGCGCAUUGCAGUCUCUCCCCGGCUGCUUCAAGCUCACGAUCGCUCCUGUAUCCUUGGUUUAAGAUGCAGCUCACAUCAUGGGUCAUUGCCACCGGCUUACUCGCUUUCACUCAGCGGGUGGCGGCUAUGCUCCCGGCAUUUGAUGCGCCCCCUGACUUCGGAUGCCCCAACGACCCCUGCAGCUCUGGCGCGGUAUGCCGUGUCCAAAUCACCAGCGGCAAGACGGCCCCGAUCAUGAUUUGCGUGCCGGACGGGACCCCUCCUGGAACAUGGCCUAAUGGAACGACAACUCUCCCGGUUGACUCCUCCACCUCCGCCUCCGUCUCUCCGUCCUCAUCUGCAAGCUCAUCUGCUGAGGGCAUAUCGACCGAGAGCUCUGAGGCGCCUUCUUCAACGGAAGAAUCCUCUUCCAGCAAGCCUUCCGGUGCUAACAAGGCAUUUCCUUCCUCCAAGACCCCUUUGCCCGAAGCAACUCCUGACGAAUUGUCCGAGGAAGCUACCUCAACUUUUGUUAGUUCGUCCGGAAAAAGUUCGACCAAGGCAAGCUCGACUGAGGAAGCGUCUAGCACCGAAGCUUCGAGCACAGAAACUUCGAGCACCGAAGCCUCAAGCACCAAGGCAUCCAGCACGGAAACGUCUACCACGGAAGCCACCAAUACUGAGACCUCCAGCACGGAAACCUCCAGCACGGAAACCUCCAGUGAUGAAACCUCCAGCGAUGAAAGCUCCACGGUGACGAGCUCUUCAUCCACUAGCUCGACGGCGAGACCAAGUUCGACCAGAAAGUGA